AACUGGCAGACCGGCAUGUCGAACCUGUACAAUAUCUCACGCUCUUUACGAUCGUGUUUUUCAGUGAACUUUAGUGACGAUUAAUUGUGUUUUUAUGGGACAAGACAAAGGACAAUUCGUUGAUGAUCUGUGGGCAUAUUUUUGGGAAUUAUGAGUGAAGUUAGUGAGAAAAGACGAGUUUACAGUGAAAUUUCCGAUGAAUCGACACGGCAUUGGGUCGCCUCCGGACGACUCUUGUCCCCGUGGCAGGAUAGAAAUAAUAAUAGUGGCAAAGGAAUGCUCAGGAGAAGGCUCAGUUUUAACAGUGACAGGAUGGCGAAUUCUCAUCGCCAAGUAGUCAAUGACUUCGAGGACGAGAGUGAUUACGUUGACGUGACAAAGAGUGAAUUAAAAACAGUGGACAGUUCGACGUGGGACGAUGAGACGAAUAAUUCAGACAGUGACGUAAAGUCCAAGUUUGAUGAGGCAUUCAGCGAGGGAUCAACAACGUCGUCAGCUUACAAAGAUGGAGAUCACAACACUGAAGUUGAGCUUCGGGUGCGGGUCCGCCGGUUCGACGAGGAGAACGCCUGCCUUCGAGAUGAAUUGGUUCGAGUUGAGGAAUUGGCCAAUGAUUACCAACGACAGUUGCAUCUACUACAAGAGAGAUUUGAUCAGAUGCGAGAAAAGUACGAGCAGUUAGUGAAAGAGAAUGACGAGCAGAAGGAAAAGAUAACUACGGCAGAGCUACAGGAGAGACGAGAUCAAGUGUUACUCCAAAAACUAGAGAAAGAGCGUAAUGCACUUCUUGAGAAAUUAAACGGCGAUAAGGAAAUGUUCAAUGGCACCCUCGAACAAUUGAACCGAGAUAAACUCUAUUGCCAUAAGAAAUUAGCAAUGUGUGAGGCUAAAUUAGAGGAGAAGGAGAUUCUGUGUGUCACUCUGCAGAAGAAUCUUGAUGAGAUGAAUGAACUAAUCACGGGGCUGGAGGAAAAUUACGAGAACAAAAUUCGAUGUAUGCAAGACAAGAGUGACGACUUGACGAGUGAAAACGUCGAGUUGAAGAUGCGGCUGUUGACCCUCGAUUGCCCACCACCCUCCCUGGAUCAAGAGGUUUGUCUGACGUCGACGAGGUAUUUAGACUCCUCAGAUGAGAAUCUAAAGUGCCGGAGCGAUCAGAAGGUACAACUGGAGGAGUCGUUGUAUGCAGAGUUAAAGGCCUCCGGGUUUUCCAUUUACGACAAAAAAUGUGAAUCGAAAAUUCGAGAGCUGGAACUGGAGGCUGAUUGGUGCAACAGUGAGCUCGUCGAGGCUGGACGAGAAAUUGAUAAACUCAUCAACAUUGUUCGAAAAACAAGGAGAUAUGCUUCUCGAUCAAGUACCCCUCAACGCUUCAACACUUCCCAACUAGACAUAUCCCCAAUCCUCCUGGUAUUCGACAGAAUAAAAGAACUAUCUCACGAGGUAUCAGAAGCCCUGAGGAAGCCAUCAACGACUGAUUCGAGUUCACAGGUCUCAGCCGAUUCCCGAAUAACCAGAGAACACCUCAAAGAAUUUUGCAUCCCAACGUUUGAAGAUUAUCUCCGCUCACCGAUCAAGGUGUCGGUACCAAAGGAAAUAAAGUCACUGAGUGUAUUUUUGACGUGUAAACCGCCAGAGAUCAAGGACAAAAUCGUGGAGUUGGCUGGUGACAGGCAGUUGGGUCUUGAUAUUAAAAAUAAUGUGACAAAUAUCGAGGACCUAGGGUCAUCGAACGCUGUUGGUUCAAUGUCUGCUGUAGCAUCUGCAUCGCACGACGACAUAUCUUCAUUUUUUGUUAAAAUUCAGAGUGAAACGAAAAUAAAUUCAUGCACUGGGGAAGUUCGUAGGAUUUUGCCAGUGGGUCAGGGGAAUCUGUCAGUGAGUGAAGUGACUCCAGUGGAUUGUUCCAUCGGGGGAGAACAGCUGCGAGACAUUCAGAGUCAUCGGAGAGCUGGUAAAUCUGAUAUGUCGUUGGGUCAAAAAAUUCCGAGGAGAAAAAUAUCGGUGUUUCAACGAUCUUUUGACAUUGACACGGUGUUCGAAGUUCAGGACGGAGGUGGUGUUGCAGAGUCUCACACACUCAGUGAACGAUGUGGAUCAAUGACUGACAGCUCUCCUCCGAGAGUUUUGAUUGGUGAUGACGGUGAUGAUCGGUUGAGAAUUGAGGGUGUCACUGGGUACAGGAGCACAACUGACACUAGUCAAUUGAGCGAUUCGUCCGGAGAUUCACCCGCUAGACUCACCACCUGGACCGAGGAGGACCACUCUGUUGAUCAUCUUGAGGCGAACAUUCAGGGGAAUUUUUUGGCACCGGCUAGACUGAAGUUAGACGGACUCCGGGGUACGGAGGGUACUGCUGGGGAUUUGGCGGUGAGGAGUAGCUGCCGGUCGGGCGAUGAGAGCAACGGCAGUGGGGAAGUCACUGGGGAUGGGACAACAUCAGUUACACACGCGAUGUCGAGUGGCGAGGACAGCUCCGAUGAUUCUGAGUCGGAUUCCACGGGGUUGGGGGGAAAGUUGGAGGAGGUGACAGGGAGUGAUAGGGGAAGGUGGAUUAAUAAUCCAGAGUCAAGGGGGAGUGAUGACAGGAGUGGAUCUAAGGCGACGAGGGAUGUCAGAGACGAGCGAGCACCUAGGAUCAGGCGAUCGAUGAGUGAUGGGGAGAUAAUCGAUACUGGCGGGGGUGACGCCUGUCGAGGGUGUAGCAAUGGCCAGGGGGAGGACAAGAGGCAGGGGAGCUUCAAGAAGGAAGUUGAUGCGGUCGCCUUUCCCAGUCUCACGAACGGGAGACUACAGGAGUCCGGAAUUGCCCAAAUUUCGGACAGUGAAGAUCUUGAAGGAAAAGACUUGACCGAGGAGGAACUCGAGAGGAAAUUCGUAGCAUUUUCCCUGGGUCUCUGCACAGACCGAGUGACACUGCCUCGACGAAGAGCUCUAGCCCUUCGUCAACGAGAUUACACUGAGCACGAUCUCGCCGUUGAGAUCGCAAAAAUGCACCAGAGUAUUCAGGAGUUUGCGCCCCUCUGCUUCGACAGCGAAACGGUCGAGAGGAUCGAGCUUGCAUGCCACCAGGUAGACAUAAUAGCCCAGUGUGCGCACAGAGUGUCUUGCACUGCUGAGACACUCGGUGCCAUACAACAGGAGCACCGAAUAUCACGGGCCAUAUCCCUUGCCGAUCGGUUUCUGAAGAUACUGAGGAGUAGGUGCGAAAAACUUGGGGCUGAACUGGCCGAGAAAAAGCGAGUCCUAGCGGAAAACAACAUUGUGAUUGACGAGGGCGGCGGAGAGGGCGAGGGAAUUUCCUCGGCUGUGAGAUAUCGCGCUCUGUCACCCACCACCAAUCGUACGAUGAUGGCUAGGAGACGUGCGAGUAUUGCUACGAUUUUCCGGCCCAUUGGCAUCGCCCAAGAAGUGACAAAAGAUAAUAUUAGACAGAGGAAUUCGGUCUCCGGUAGAGUCACCAUAAGGAGGCCCUCGUUCAGUUCCGAGCCGCAAAGAUUCGAAGCUGAGAAGUUGACCAGAACAGAUUCAAGCAGCGUUGGAGAACUGCGGGAAAUCUUCGAGCAGGCAGAGUCACGGCGUACGUCACGAGAGGAGAAUAAUAAUUUGGUGCGAAGCCAAAUGAUAGUUUGUGAAAAUGAGACUGUGGAACGCAGGAUGUCUAGUAGUAGGGAGGAGCCGAUCAUCGAGACUUUGCAGGAGGAGCAGGAACAUGAGUUGCAUGAGGAGGAAAUAUCAAGUAAUGACUCGUCAAUCAUCGCCAGCUUCUCAAGAACAAGACUGACCUUCGCGACAGCCGCAAACAAUCUCCUUUCGUGGCGUCUGGUGCUCUGGUGUGCAAUAAUCACCUUCUUCAUCGGCUUCUACGUGAAAGACGCACUCUCGAUAACCAGCCCCUGUUCCGGAACGCCCUUACGAUGGUGGUCCUUCGAGGAGGUCCUGAGUCGUCACGCUCACGUCAGAAACACAGCUCCACCACCGAUUUAAUUAUGUUUCCGUUAUUUUUAAAUUGAAGUAAUUGUGCGAUCGAAAUAGUGUUCAUUACUGUUUUUUUUGUAAUAAAGAAAAUAUUCUUCCCUA